GCUGCUGCUGCUGCUGUGCUGGAGGAUGAAUAGUACAUCAAUAUGUAGAGAGCGUACUUCUGUACUUCGUAGAAUAGGAUGUAUCUCAAUCGGAGUAUCCGAAUCCAGACUGAGUGUUCGAACAUGUUUAUUCUCCAUCAGAUCUGCCGGUGACAGCGCCUGGACCCUGAUGUCAUUCCCAGCUCUUCUCUAACCAACCAAUACUCCUCACCACUCGACUCUAUACUCUUCUCUUUCACUCUACCCCUGUACACCUUCACAGACAUUCAAUGCUAUUCCAAAUGUCAAACCAAUCCCCCCAAAGAAUCAUUGGAAUCAGUCCCAUCCCCCAUUUACCAUCUCCUGAGCGCAACUCCGAGAAAACAAAACAAAAGAAUAACCGCGGCGAUCGGCUUUCCAUCGGCUCUCCCCCACCACCAAAAAGAUGGACUGACUGAUUAUUCAUUCCUGCUCAUUUCUUUUUCACAUGAAGACCAAAAAAAAACCAUCCCUGACUAGACUACAUCCUCAGCUCUCCAUCGUCAACCCCCAUCUGAUCUAAUUCCACCUGUCAGACCCUUUCCCCCCUGCAUCUCUGAAAAAAAGAACAGCACAGGAUCUCAUCUGCGCGCCGAUGCAAUCCGUCUCCGCCCGCCGCAAUCCAGCAACUUGAGCCCGCCGCAUCAUUUCCCCUCUUCCCCCCCAAUCUCCCCCCUCGGCUAUUGGGAUCAUCAGUCAUGGCCUCCUCCUCAUCGGCUCCCUCCGCCAACAUUGGCGCAACCCCCCAGCCUGAGAAACCUGCUGUUUCCACACAGACACCCGAAGAAACGGUUUCUGCGGAUGACAAGAAGCCCGCCACGACGACUGCCCCGAAUGCCCCCUCCGCAGAGAACCCCGCGCAACAACAGCGCACUAACAACAACGACGAUGACGAUGAUGAUGAUGAUGACGACGAAUCAGAAUUUGAUGAAUUAGAUGAGGUCCUCGACGACUUCAAACCCAAACCAUCCCCCGCCCCCGCUAAACCCGAUGCCGCGCAACCGUCAGCCCCCGAUGACUUCGACGAGGAGGCCUUCCUCCGCCAACUCGAACAAGAUAUGGCGAAUAUGAUGGGUGGUAUCGGUGGCGGCGCCAGCAACGACGCGGCUGCGGCUGCGGCUGGCGCCACCGAUAGCAACGACGGCACGCUCGACAAAGACGCCGAGGCAUUCGCCAAGAUCCUCGAGCAAAGCGGCGUCUCACCCUCGGACUUCCUGAAACAGCUCGUCGGAGACGUCAUGAUGAAAGGCGAUGACGAUAACAGCACUACGGCCGCCACGGCGGGCUCUUCAGCAGCACCAGCAGCAUCAUCAACAACACCAUCAACCAGCGGCGGUGGAACCGCCACCACCGCAGCACCCGAAACCUUCAACGACACCAUCCAGCGCACAAUCGAACGGAUGAAAGAAUCCGGCGACAAAGCCACGGCAGCAGCCUCGGAGGACGACAUGUCGGAUGAUCUGGUAGCGCAGCUCAUCAAGGCGAUCGAGGCGGGGGCAUCGUCAGGCGAAGGUGGUGACGAGGGGGAUCUGACGAAGAUGUUCAUGGGCAUGAUGGAACAAUUGUCGAACAAAGAGAUAUUGUAUGAGCCGAUUAAGGAACUUGAUACGAAGUUCGGGCCUUGGAUCAAGGAGAACAAGGGCAAGGGGAAGGUGUCGGAGGAGGAUAUGGCGAGGUAUGAGAGACAGGCGGGCGUUGUCAGGCAGAUUGUGAGUAAGUUUGAGGAGAAGGGGUAUUCGGAUGAGGAUCCGAAGUGUAGGGAGUAUGUGUGGGAGAAGAUGCAGGAGAUGCAAGCGGCGGGCAACCCGCCUGAUGAGCUGAUUUCUGCUCCUUGGAUGGAGGAUCUUAAGGGUCCCGGUGGUGGUGCUGGCGCGGGUGGUGUCCCUGAUUGUCCGCAGCAAUGAUAUGAGUACUAGAAUACUAGUAAUACGAUAUAUACACUGGCUGAGAGCCAGGAUUCCAGUUC